GUAAUUAGUUUAUCGGAAUCCAAGUUAAAAUUAGACGAAUGGGGUUUUCUUUGUUGGCAUAAGAUCUAAUUAUAUAAAGAAUAAAAAGUCACAGAAAAUCCGCCCCUUUUUCUAUAUUCCUGAUUAUUGAUCAAGAAGCCUCUAUUAACAAGAUAAAAGAUGAAAUUCUUAUUUUCGUGAAAUUAGGCAAAUCAAAAAAAUAUACUCUUCUCGUCAUAUAUAAUGAAAAUCUAUAAAAUAUAGAAUUUUUUCUUUUUUUUAUAUCUUACGAUAAUCCUAUUUUGACUAAGAAUCCCUGAUGGAUGGGAUUCUAACAAACCCUUCAAUAUAUUCAAUAUAAAUAGAAUCUAAUUAAUUUUUAAGAAACUUUUUGCUUAGUAAAUGAAAUUCGAAGACAAGAGCAAAAAAUGAAGAAAAUAAUAUCUCAUCCAUAUCCUUUCAAAUCUUUCAUGUAGAAAGAUCAAAAACUACAUUAUAUACUCACUUAGAUAGAUACUUAUAUUUAUACUUAAUAGCUAUUAAGUAAUAAUAAUAAUUCCAAUUUAGAAUUAUCAAAUUAUAAUAAGAUAUCUUUAUAUAUAAUAAGAUAUCUUUAUAUUAUAAAUAUAAAAUAUAAAUAAUAAUAACAGGUACAAAUAGUAAAUCGAGGUAGCCAUUCUAUGACAACUCUUAACUUUCCCUCUGUUUUGGUGCCUUUAGUAGGCCUAGUAUUUCCGGCAAUCGCAAUGGCUUCUUUAUUUCUUCAUGUUCAAAAAAACAAGAUUGUUUAGAGCCGAUGGCACAAAAUCUCAUCUAUUUUUUUUUUCAAAACUGACGCUUGUAUCAUAACACAGAUAUCUAUUUAGCAAAAUAUGGUAUAAGCGGCUUCCGCCGAAAAACUCUUAUGUCUCCAGAAAAUGCUAUAGGGAUCAAUGGAUUCUAGCUAUUUUCAAAUAGACCCGAAUUGACGGAUAGCUGAACUGUAAAGUUGGUCUAUCUAUUUGGCUAUCUUUAGUGAGAUCGUACGAAGGGUAUGUUAUUAGUUUAGAUCUAACGAAUUUAAUGAAUUACUCCUAAAGGAUCACAUCAAACUAGUGCUAGUUGAUGCGAGUUACUUCGGAAAAAAAAAGGACUAAAGUCAAAUUCAUUUGGGGUAUUCUCUCAAUUCCAAAAAAAUCAACUGGAUCAAGUAUGAGUUGUCGAUCAGAACAUAUAUGGAUAGAACCUAUAACGGGGGCUCGAAAAACAAGUAAUUUCUGCUGGGCUGUUAUCCUUUUUUUAGGUUCAUUAGGAUUCUUGUUGGUUGGAACCUCGAGUUAUCUUGGUAGAAAUUUGAUAUCUUUAUUUCCGUCUCAGGAAAUAGUUUUUUUUCCACAAGGAAUUGUGAUGUCUUUCUACGGAAUCGCGGGUCUUUUUAUUAGCUCCUAUUUAUGGUGCACAAUUUCGUGGAAUGUAGGUAGUGGUUAUGAUCGAUUUGAUAGAAAAGACGGAAUAGUGUGUAUCUUUCGUUGGGGAUUUCCUGGAAAAAAUCGUCGGGUCUUCCUCCAAUUUCUUAUAAAAGAUAUUCAGUCUGUCAGAAUAGAAGUGAAAGAAGGUAUUUAUGCUCGUCGUGUCCUUUAUAUGGAUAUCAGAGGCCAGGGAGCCAUUCCAUUGACUCGUACUGAUGAGAAUUUUACUCCACGGGAAAUGGAACAAAAAGCUGCUGAAUUGGCCUAUUUCUUGCGUGUACCAAUUGAAGUAUUUUAAGAAAUGAGCCGGAAUGCUUUCUCAGCAGGAGGGCAAAAACGCAAGAAUGCUCUUUUUCCAUAACAUAACUUAAUUGAGGUUUCUUCAGAACAUUCAUUCGAGUCAAAGCAGACAUAUAUGGAACAAGUAUAAAAAAAACUAUUUUGGGGAUCUUUUAGAUGUAUCGAUUUAGAUGUAUCGAAAUAUACAUAACUCAAUUCAAUAAAAAAAUAAGAAACAAAUCGAAAUAUCUCAUAAUCAACCAUUUAGAAAUAAGGAAAUUCCACCCUUUUUAACUUGUUGGAAUUGAGACUUUAGAGAUCAUAUCUUGUAAUUUUUUCGAAGCUUAUUUUUAUACUUUUUGUGCUCCUUAAUGACCAAAAAAUUGAAUCUCUUAUAAUGAUAAUUAGCAAAUUUAUGUCGUUUUUUGCCACUCAUUUUUCACAAUAUUCUUCAGAAAUUUCCCUCAAUUAUUCUAUCCCUGACUACUCAUAGUAAGUUCAAUUUUUUCGAAAUAUUAGAGAUUUUUAUAUAAUGAUAGAAAAGGAGUUCUUUCGUCUCAAAAUCUGAAUAAUAUUAUUCAUUAUUUCAAUUUUUCUGGGCAUUCAUCGAAAGGAGAUAUGUGCUUCGAAUUUGACCAAUUGAGAUAUAGGUAAACAUUAUUUUUUGAUUAUUUAUCCAUUCCAAUUUUUCGUCUAUUUCUGUAUUUUUUUCUAAAUUCAUAGGUUCGAUAACUUGUAAUAGAACUGAUGC